AUGUUUACAGAUUCAAAUUUACCAAUGCCUCAAAAAUCACCAAUACCUUUAUCCAAACAAAUAGUCAACAAACUUGGACUUGAUCUUGUACCUCGUAUUGGGCCACUUGCGGUGGAUCCACACAAUAUUGGAAUUGUAGGACUAUAUAAUGUGCAUGUAACAAGUGCAGAUAACGCAAAAGCUUCUUCAAGUCGUGGUACCUUACGUCGAAAAACACAACGAAAAAUUUUGACACAUCAUUUAUACUUUUGUAUGCGAGAUUUUGGCUAUCGAAUCGGAAUCGAUGAUGCAGAAGUUUACUUUUUUCUUUACGAUGGUAAUCCAGCGCAUAUGAGAGCAGUCUCAGAACGAUUUUUAGUUAAAAUAAAUAGAGAUGGCUUUUCGAAUUAUAUAGAAAAAUUUCAUAGCAAUUGCACAGUGUUCACAGACCUAGGUGCAGCGGAUUUAAGUGAAGAUCUAUUUCUCGUCGCUGUUAUCAUGCGAGUGGGUAAAAUCAUACAUUCUGAAUCAGUUAAAAAAGUAGAAAAAGGUACUGGCUGUUGUACUGGUUCAGUAUAUCGGCGUCCCUUUGGUGUUGGUGUACUUCCACUCAAUGACUUGUGUCAAUUUGACAGUAGCAUAGAAUCAGAAGAACGGGAAAAGAGUUUUAAGAUUUUUCAAUGUGAAGAAAAAGACUUCAAUCAACUACAUGAACUGAUAAUAAAAAAGUCAAAUAGUAAAUUUUCACCAAUCACUACAGGUAACCAAACAACGCAGGGCAUUAUAGUUUCACUAAAGCUGCUGCAUGGCGGUUUGGGGCAGGCACGACAGGAACAGCCAUUACUAUUUCAAGGUACUACUAUAACUCGCAAAAUGGGCUUCCCGGAUGUUAUAAUGCCCGGCGAUGUACGUAAUGAUAUGUUCAUCACAUUGGAAAGGGGCGAAUUCGAACGUGGAGGAAAAAAUACUGCAAAAAAUAUUUUGGUCACUGUGGUUGUUUUGGAUGUUGCUGGCAAUAUCCUGACUGAAUGCUUAUGGGGUGCUUCUGGUAUGGACUCACAGAAUUGUUAUAAAUCCAUGAUAUUAUAUCAUCAAAACUCACCAUGUUGGAAUGAGAUGUUACGACUUACUGUACCUAUUGAUAAAUUUUCAACAGCACAUGUCCGCUUCGAAUUUCGUCAUUGUUCGACACGUGAAAAAUCUGAGCCCAAGCUAUUUGCUUUUAGUUUCGCGCGUUUAAUGGAUCCUAGUGGUGCCACCUUAACGGAUGGUCAGCACGAAUUGUUUGUGUACAAAUGUGAGGAUGCUACAAAACUGUUGGCUGCUAAUUAUUUAAAGUUACCUUGUAGACCAAAAGAUGCACAAGCUAAAGUAGAUUGUAGUUCAAUUUUUCAUCGCAGCUCCAAGGAAGUUUUCGUCAUUAAAUCUCUAUUGUGCUCAACAAAAUUAACUCAGAAUGCGGACUUACUAUCUUUGUUGCAAUGGCGUGCACAUCCAGAAACAAUUCAAGACUCCCUCACUGGUGUCUUGCGUCUUAAUGAUGAAGAGUUGGUUAAAUUUUUACAAGAUGUCUUAGAUGCUUUAUUCGCAAUGUUUUCAAAUGAAGAAGGAAAUAGCACACAGCAUUCAGGAUUGGUAUUUCAUGUGUUGGUCAGCAUAUUCAGUUUACUACAAAGUAACAAAUUCCAACAUUUUCGUCCAGUUAUGAAUGCUUAUAUUGAAAAUCAUUUUGCUGCUGCAUUGGUCUACAAAGGCCUGAUAACUUCAGUUGAACACAUGGCUGUAUUUAUGACAAAAGCUGAACAUCCCGAUCCAUUUCAAAAGUGUUUUGGUUCUUUAGAAUAUAUUUUCAAAUUAUUAAUACAAUCACGCAAGCUAUUUGCGCGUGCUACCGGUGGACAAUAUGAAGAUUCAUUUCGCCGUGAUCUGCAUUCACUAUUUACAGCUCUAAAUGGUAUGUUAGCAGUGCCUUCAUACGAUGUUAUAAUACCAACGCAGGAAGCUUUAUUGAACUCAACCGGUGUGGUAUUGGAGCAAUUGAAAGACACUCUACCAGCGCCAGAAUUGGGUAUGCUAGCACGCAAUAUGUUAGAUGCCAUACCAAGAGAUGCACCCAUACGUUUAAUACAAGCCAAACUAAAUGCAGUAAAGGAUUUAGUAUCAGGAGAACUAUUUCAUGAAGAUGACUCUCGCACUGUAAUACUGUCUGUGGCCUGUAAACACUUACGUAUGCAUCUCAGUAGACGUGAUGAACUACGUUUAUGUGCUGAAAUUUUAUCAGAAAUAUUAACACAUUUUUAUGACCUGCAGAAGGAGCAGAAAGAAAAAGUCACGAAUACACUACAGCACGAUUUGGAUUCGCUUUGCAAAAAUAUACUUGGCAUCCUCAUUAAAACAAUUAUCAUCAUGAUGGAAGGCGCAAAUACUGUUUUACCACAACUAGUGGCUUGUUUACUUGGGUUAUUGCAACUGCUUGAUGAAACUCAUUAUAAGCGCUUUUGGGAUGAACUAAGUCCAAACAAAGAUCCACGUGAUUUAAAAGAGUUUCUAAGUAAAUCAUUGCUUGUGUUCGAAGAAUUACUUUCACAGGAUUGGGUUGUCUUCCCUACUGAUUGGCUUAUAAUGAAAUUGGCUAGUAACGAUGUGCUACGUAAAGCGCUUGAAGAAUUUGCUAAACCCUUAGUAUAUCGAUUUUUGGGUUUACAAUCUUUUGACUCACAGCUUUGGUGGUCUUACUUUAGUUUAGCUGUAGCUUUUCUAACUCAACCUUCUCUGCAAUUGGAGCAAUACCGUGAACCAAAGCGACGUAAAAUAUUACAUUCACAUGGCGAUAUGCGUGUUCUUAUGGGCUUCCAAAUAUUAAGCAUGUGGUCGCAAUUAGGAGAGCAAAAAUUACAUUUUAUUCCCUCAAUGGUAGGACCGUUCCUUGAAGUAACACUUGUACCGGAACCGGCGUUACGAAAAGCAACUUUGACAGUCUUUUAUGAUAUGAUGCAGUGCGAACAGAGUGCGCGGGGAUCUUUUCGUUUAGUGGAAAGUGAACUAAUUGAUAAAUUAGAUUUAUUGAUUAGUGAAAAUAAAGGCGAUGAUGAAUAUCGUGAACUCUUUAGCACUAUCCUCUUGGAGAAAGUACAAACUGAGAACCCUGGUUGGAAAGAUGCUGGCACAGCAUUUAUAGCAUCUGUUACAAGAUUAUUAGAACGAUUAUUAGAUUAUCGCAGCGUUAUGCAAGGUGAAGAAAAUCGUGAUAAGCGCAUGUCAUGUACAGUAAAUCUUUUAAAUUUUUAUAAAAAUGAAAUAAAUCGCAAGGAGAUGUAUCUAAGAUAUAUAUACAAACUACAUGAUUUGCAUUUGCAAGCUGACAACUUCACAGAAGCUGGUUUCACCUUAAAAUUGUACGCAAGCAUGUUAAGUUGGGAUCGUGAGUCUCUAAGUUUUGCACCAAGUGAUACCAUAGGCCAACCAGAAUGGCAACGUAAAGAGCGUUUGUACCAUGAGAUAUUGAAAUACUUUGACAAAGGAAAAUGUUGGGAGAAGGGCAUUCCCCUUUGCAAGGAACUAGCUGUUCUUUACGAAACACGCCGUUUCGAUUAUAAUAAAUUGAGUGAAAUUUUAAUUUUAGAGGCCAAAUUUUUCCAAAAUAUAUUAACACAAUUACGUCCUGAACCAGAAUAUUUUCGCGUGGGCUUUUAUGGUUUAGGAUUCCCACUUUUUGUGCGGAACAAACAGUUCGUUUAUCGUGGACUUGAAUAUGAACGCAUCGGUGCAUUUACACAACGUCUACAAACUGAGUUUCCUACCGCACAAAUUCUUAGUAAUAAUAAUCCACCUGAUAAUAGCAUUCUUACGGCAUCGGAGCAAUAUAUACAAAUUAGUAAUGUUCGUCCUCUAGGUGAUGCUCAAGCUUUGAAAACAGCUAUGGUACCAGUGCCUGAAAAAAUUAAAAUUCCGGGUGGAUAA